GAGAAUCAGAAUGUAUGAUAGUUCGGCAGGGAGAGAUUUCAUCAGUCCAGUUUCACUUCAGGGUUUAUUUUCCGUUCUUUCGCGGAGAUGAUGCCUCGUUGCUCGUCAUUUAUGAGGAUACGGCAAACAUACAUUUAAAAAUAUUUAAGCCUUGCUUGAGGGUGUGUGGAAAUUGGUUAUCUGAGCAACAAAAACAAUAAAACGUUCCUCUAAAGAUAGUCAGUUAGCAUUCAUUUGCUAAAAGUGGGACUGCGAAGGAAGAAGCUCCGAUUCAAGCUUCUCCGGGUGUCCUUUGUUUGCCGCGGUGGGCGUUUCUCGUUUCCUCCUCUCACAAUGAGGAAGUGACGGCUGCGCCAUUUUCACGCACUUUUUCUGCGCCAGUUGUGUGACUGCGGAGUGUAAAGCGGGCGUUAUCGGCGCUACUUCAGCGGACGCGUAAACAAGGUUAAGCGACGGAACAUCUGAGGAAGUUUGAAGCUUGAAAGUUUUCCUUAAAUUCCGGCCUUCGGCCUUUGCAUCGGGAAGACAGCUAUAAGAGCCAGCGCUUUUGCACAUUUUGAAGUAAUACAAAAAAAAAAAAAAAAAAAAAAAAGCUGUGCAGUCCAUGUAUCCUCCUUCGCUUGUCCCUUCCUGCGACUUACAGGACAUGAUCGAUGAGACGAUCAUGAUCGGUCGCCACGCCGACAUUGAGAACAUGAAGCGUUCGAGCCGGACCUCCCACCACGUCGGGGCCGCGCUGAACAAACGGCAAACCCUCCACAAGAAGCCGGGCGCAAGGAAGCUGCGAGCCAGUCCGGCCGGCUUCCAGAACCGCCAUCCGCGAGCGCAAGAGCAGCACGAGCAGCAGCAGCAUCAUCAUCAUCAUCAUCACAGGCACGCGCGCCUCGCGGACGUCGUUAACAACAACAACGGCGGCGGCGUAGUCGUGUUCGCCCACGCCGGGCCCACGAACCACGAACAUGUCAGCAGUCACGGCUGCAGACAAACCACCGUACUGACCCUCCACCAUCUGAAACAGGGCGUCAAGAAGGAGCUGCUGAAGUCAAAAUCGGGGAGAGCAGAGAAAGUGACCCAGCCAAAUGGCCAGUCUGUUCACAGCCUCAGUAAACAUGAGCAUUUAGGUCAGAAUCUUAAUGGUCGCAUCCAGAGGAACAGACACUCUGGUGCAUCGGGUGGAGUUUCAUCAGCAAAAAAGAGUGACGGUAACUGUCGCCCGAAGCCCUCGCCCCCACUCCAGCUCUGCAACAAGGAUGGAAGGAAGCUGCUGAAUGUAGCCAACAGUGUGAAGAUUGUGAAUGUGUAUCCAGAUGGGCCCCUCCCCGAAGAAAGCCUUAAAGAUGCUGAGAAGGUCUAUGCUGGUGCCAAGUUCAGCGAACCCCCGUCACCCAGCGUCCUGCCCAAACCCCCCAGUCACUGGGUGGGAGAGAAGGGCCCCCAACAUUCCGACAGCAGUAAGGAGCAAAUGACAGUCCACCUCAAAAAUUUACUGAAGGUCCAAGCAAAGUCAUGAAUUCAGGACUCUAAACAGUGAAAUGAAUAAAUCAUAAAUAAAAAUUUAGCACUGAAGAUGACUGAAAACAGAAGUUGUUGCAACAAGAGUUUUUUUUUUUUUUUGAUUUUUGGAUCAUGAUCUGAUUUGUGCAGAACAGCGGCCUUGUGGUACAUGGAUUUUUUUAAUGCACUUGUGUAAAAUGUACAUACUGUAAAAAUGCAAUAUUUGUUUAUAGUUAUUUUAACAAGAAUAUAUAGUUUUGUUACUGAAGCUUUGAAAAUGUACACCAUAAGCUGGUGCACUUUAAAACUGAUUCAUCACUAGGCUGCAAUACCCUUCAGGGCACAUUGAAAGUAAUAUUUUUUUACAUAUUUGCACAAAGUUGGAAGCUAUCAUGAGUCCUUAGGAAGCAUGUAAGAGAAUGUAGCUUGUGUAUUUUUUAUAUGCAACAAAGUCCACCUACAGUGUGGAUGGUGUUGCAAGAAUGCACUGUAAAGAAACUCAAAAGUCCGGUGGGUAAUCUCGGAGAAGCCGAUAAGCUGGAACGACAAUGUGAAAGUCUCACUACGAAGCCAAAUGAUCCAUGCUGCAGAGUAGCCCAGCUUUUUCUCUGGGGACUCUGGGAAUGGAAGAUGCAGUAAUGGCAACGUGAAAGGUUUGCUAUACAGGAAACAAUACAAAAACAUGCAUCAGUAAAGACUGUCCCCCAACUACCAGCAGACUUUUUUUUUUUUUUUAAGAAAAGAAUAUUCUUGACUGUUUUCAAACAAAUGCCAUUUUACUAUGCCAAGCUCUUCAAAGAACGGAAGGUUGAUUUUUCGACAGAAACGAAAGAAUUCAUAUGUGGAAUAGAAGGAAUUCAGCACUCUUGGAAAGUUGGGCAGCUACUGUUUUACUUGUUCCUUGUUAUGUCAGACAGGGAAGAACACUCAAGUACCAAAAAUCAAAAAAAAAAAGGUUGCAACAACAAUUUGUUUUCUUUACCAGGCCUGAAAAAG